AUGUACAAGAUCGACUUCCACCUCACCUGCAUCGUCGCUGGGAUCAUGUCCGACGCCAACAUCCUCAUCAACAUCGCCAGCCUCCACGCCCAGCGCUACGCCCUCUCCUACCAGGAGCCUAUCCCCAUCGAGCAACUAGUUCAGUCCCUCUGCGACACCAAGCAGGGCUACACCCAGUUCGGCGGUGGGGGUGCGACGGAUGCACCCAGUUCGGCGGCGACCAUGGCCGGGAUGCGGGCGGCGACCAUGACCAGCUUCCCGAUGGGGUACUCGGACAUCCCGAGCCCGAGCGCCACGGCGGCGGCGUCAUCCGACUUAAGAAGAUAG